GUUAACGUGAGUGCAUCACAUAAAUAUCAAAAGCCCAAUUUCUCCUUAACGUGGUUUCUUUUAAGGUACAACCCUUAACACCAUAAUGUCUCUGUUAGCUCCCUGUCUCAGAGUCCACCUUAAAUUGUGACGACAGAACCACUUUUGGAUUUGUGUUGCAUCCAGAAAAUUACACAUCACUGCUAGAUACCAAACAUCUGGAAAACAAAAGCUCAGAGGAGUUGAGGCUGAGGCAGCUGGGAGGAAGAGCAGCAGACAGUCCCAACUCUUCACCAUGAAUCCUGCUCUGUUGGCAUUGGUGCUUUCUUUGCUGGCCACAGUGGCAUCUCAGUCUCAGGACCAUCAUGACAUGGACUGGGUGAACGCCUACCGACAGGGCUUCAACUUCCAGUGUCCACACGGAGAAGCUCUAGUCGCCAUCAGGAGCUACUUCAGUGAGGCAGAAGGCUCCGACCGUUUGUGGUCCUUCGAAUGCCAGCCCACACCUGAGGGACUGGGCGAGCCCAGUGACUGCUGGUGGGACGACAUCAAUCGUGCUGGGCUGGAGUGGACCUCCACAUGCACCCGGAAUGGCCUGGUGGCUGGCGUUCAAAGCAUGUACUUUGAAUCCGUUCUGGACCGGGAAUGGCAGUUCUACUGCUGCUACUACAAACUCCGCUGCCCUUACUCCUGCAUGAAAACCAAUGACAUUCCAUUAUACUACAAAGAAGAAGCAGAGCUGGUUGUCCCGACGUAUGGAUACUUCAUCCGAGGAGCUCAGACCACCUUCAGCGGAGUCCUGAGAGAUCGGCAGUGGAAGUACAUCCUUUGCAGAAUGACAGACUUUGAUUGUGAAUUUGAGAAUUUAUAAACCGCUAAACAGUCUUUUUGCAUCUUUGUUUAAACACCAAAUGAGACUAAAGCUACGUUCACAUCAACCUCGGCAACGCGUGUUCAAGUGACCACUUCCAAUGGAAAGGUGAUGUAAAUACACGUAUAAGGGGAUUUCGGGCUUCUGCAUUCAAAAUUCUUGCGUUUACACGUAGAUAUGCAUGGCAUUACGACCGUUUUCGAGCUACACAUACAUACAUUGAUCCUGCUUCGCAAGUUAAACCUGGUUGAACUUUUACCAAUCAUAGACUCGGAUUUGGUAGUGACGAAUGGAUGACAUCCCAUUUAAGUAAUGGCAGUGCCAACUAUUUGAAAAUUGAUCAUGAGGGAGACAUUAAUAAGUGUCUGACUGGAAUUCUAUGACACCGAGUCUUUGAUAUAAUGGAAUAGAGCUGUGAAAGAAAAAGUCUGGAGUAAGAUUCACGAGAUUUGCACCACUUUGACAUUUCGUACCAAGCUUCUACCUACUAUAGGUGGCGGAUAUGUGCUAGUAAAUUAUAGCAAAAAAAAAAAAAGAGGAAGCCCCUCCCUGCUUGUACAGUGUGAACACCUUGGACUAAAAACACAUUCAAAAACGUCACAUGCCUGGUGUGAAUAUAGCUUUAGACGUUUUAUGUUUAUCUUCAUCUAACCUUUGUUUUCAGGAAUGUGCCUAUAAACACACUUUUUUUUUAGCUUAGCAUGACUGAAGGUUCCUAUUGUGAAGAGAUAACUGGAAAAAAUGAGCUGCAGGUGUGCAGGAGAUUUGGACUUCACUUUGGAGAGCCUUUCUUCAGAUGUGUGUGCAGCUGGUAGGCUUUGGCCUGAAGUCAGAGUGCUUAGCAUUGCAAAAGCAAUUAUUUGAUACUGUGCUCACGGCGGUGGAAAACACCAGGAUUUGGGCUCUCCUCCAAAAAAUUUGUAGAUGCCUCUGAUCCCAGAUGAAGUCGUGUGACAUCCGGACUCAUAACAGCACUGGAAUAUUCUCAUGGUGAUUCUGCUUAGAAAAAUAGUUGGGGGUAUUGAGUCUCUAGCAGCAUGAGCUCCACAAACAAUAAACUCUUUCCCACUUGUUUUCAAUUGAUGGCAAUUCAUCUCUGUUUUAUUAAAAUAACACUUUAACAGUUAUGUAAUUUACGCAAAAGCUUACAUAACCGUGUGAAAAGGUGAAUAAAAACUCAAUGCAUUA